AUGUACGAUGAGAAUUAAUUAUAUGACUGUAAAAAUGAUAAUGACGAAAAAGGAGGAACAAAUUAUUAAAAACUUAAAUUGUUUCCAAUCGAUUGUGGAAUAUUUUUAUUACUAUGUAUUAGUUGAAUGAGAAAUCAAAGCCCCUGUUACAUUUUGCAUUUCCAUCCGAAUUAUUUAGUAGUUCCUUAAAGACUUUAAACUGUUUGGUGGACCUGGAGAUGUUAUCUUUAUAAUUACAGCAACAAAUGGAAUCCAAUCAAUAGUUUAAUUUUCUACGGCAUUGUAUGUGUUAAUUACUGAUUAAGCUCCAAUCGAUAUAUUUUGUGAUGUAAUUAUAAAAAUAAAUUAGAUCACAGGGAUAGCAACUUCAAUAGUUUUUGUAAUUUCAAAUCUAAAUAUUUUUAUAUUUGCUGCUUACCCACUUGCUUUAGUAUAUAAUUCAUUGGAGUCAACAGUCAAAUUUAUAAGAAUAUUUAAUUAUUCUUUCACAACUAUAAUAGUUAUAAUCAUUUUGUUAGGAUUUGCUGUAAAUAAUGAUAUUAUUUCAUUAACAUUAAAUGGGUAAUAUAAUUUAAUAUUUCUUAGAAUGUGUGCAAUAUCAGCUACUAAUAGUAAAAUAUGGGAUUUUAUUAUUGCUACAGUUUAUUUAUUUGUUUUCUUAUUAUUUGCAACUAUGUCAAUAAUUUACGUUUUUACUUUCAAAAAAUUGGUUCCUAAAAUGUCAUCAAUAAGAUAAUUAAGAGGCUAAUACCUUAGAUAUUAUUAAAAGUUCAUCACAUUUAGUCUAAUAAUGAAAUUCUUUUUAGGAAUUUUCAGUGCAAUUAAUCUACUAAAUUGUUAUCGCUUUCAAAAGGCUUAUCUAUUACCUUCAGAAACCUUAUAAAAUUUUACUCAAGCUGUUUGUAUAUUAGGAUAAGUUAUCUUUAUAACAAGAGAUCCCAUAUUAAUAUCUAAAUUUAAACAUACAUAAACUUCGAAUAGCCAAUAAAAUUUAGAUUCAUCUAAUGAUACUAAACCUGUUGAAAUCUCUAUGUAGUGUAAUAUUGUUUUAAUUUAUUUUAGAAUUUAAUAUUUUAGAAUAAUUGUAAAAAGAAAUGAAAAAAACUUAAGUAAUUUCUAUGUUAGCUGGUAUUCAAUUAUUAAAAAGGUAGAAAUAAGAAUAAAUAAUAUAUUACAAAGAUCUAGUUAUAAAUGAUGAAUAACCUGAAACUGAAGAAUCCAGUUAAGGGGAUUUAAGUGAAUUAAUUGAAGUUACUUUAUAACCUUUCAUUCCUGAAGAAGUUGAAGAGUGUUUGGUUGUUAAUAUGAAUAAUGAACUUGUUAAAACUUUACUUCCUGAAAAUCAAAAUAUCUAAGUCUUUUAAAUGAAAUGCAUAUUAUAUGCUCCAAAGAUAUUUAACUACUUUGUUACUCUUGAUAAUAUUGAUAUUGAAGAUUCUUUUGAUGUUUAUAAGAAUUUAGUAAAGAUUGAAUAAUUUACUGGACCUGAUGGUGGUAAAAGUGGUGAAUUUUUUUUCUUCUCUCACAAUAAUUAACUGAUUCUUAAAACAAUGAGAUAAUCUGAAGUAUCCACUUACAAAAAACGAUUAUUAAAUUUUGCUAUUUAUUAAGCUAAUAAUCCAUCAUCUUUAUUAAAUAAGAUAUAUGGAAUGUAUACUUUUGAAAGGUCUGAAAAUUCUGAAUCAAAAGUUCACUUUUUAAUAAUGAAGAAUCUUUCUUUAGGAAUUCCAAGAAAUUAAAUAUUAAGAACUUAUGAUUUAAAAGGUUCUGAAUAUGAUCGUGAAGUUCUUUCCAAAAAAAUUGAAAGUGAUUUAUCAAAAUUAACUCUUAAAGAUUUAGAUUUCUUCAAAAUAGAAUAAUAAAUUUGGGUGGAAAAAGACAAUAUUUAAAGUAAUUUUUUAUAAUUAAUCAAGAAUUAAACUAAAAUUUAAUCAAAGAUUCAGAUUUCCUAGAAAAAUAAAAACUUAUUGAUUAUUCUUUAUUAAUUAUGAUCAUAGAUUGGAAAGCUCAAUAAUAAAUUUUAAUGAAGCAUUUUGAUGACUAAAAAAUCAAUAUAAUUCCUUCAAUAAAGGAAGAAGGAGUAAAUAUAUAUAAAAUAUUCAUUAGAUUUACUAUCAUAUUGGUAUUAUAGAUUAUUUAUAAUAAUGGAAUGUUAAUAAAUCUCUUGAAAGAAAAACAAAAAAGAUAAUUAAAAUGAAUUUAUAAUUAGAUACAUCAGCUUAAGAGCCUAACAGAUAUGGAAAACGAUUUAAAGAAAAAUUGAUAAACAGAAUCCUUCCCUUAUGA